CGCGCCCCGGGGCGGGGAGGGGGCGGGCCGAGUGGGCCGGGGAGGAGGCUGUUCCCGCAGCGCCGGGAGCUACGCGCGGUUCUUGGGGGGCACCGAGGCUCCCGAGGGGGUGGGGCGCAGGCACCCCAGAAACUUCCCCGACUCGCAUCUCCACGCCCGUGCGCUCCGGCCAAGUUUCUUACAGGUGCAAACCAUAUGCUGCACAGACUAUCAGGUCCAGAUUCCAAGUUGGCAAACAUCUGAGCUGAGAGUCUGAGCACAAGCAGUGUGUAUCCACAGGUCCUGUCCGGUCCGGUCCAGUAGAGUGUAUAAGACAGAAAGAGAGCCACAGAGAGAUGGAGAGAUACCCGCCACAUUGGAGCUUCCUUUAGGACUGUCUCACUCAUGGUGCUGGGACUUGAACCUGGGCCAGGAGCUUGACAAGGCAAACACCCUUCCUGGGCUGUGCAUCUGAAUUACAGGCACCUCUUCAAUUUGCCUCUUCUGAACAACUUGAGUGAGUGACCACACCAAGUGCUCUCCACGCUGCCUCUUGGGGGUCAUCUCAUGGGCCCCCAGCCUGUGCCUACUAGCCAUGCCGCCUCGCACCCAGGACCCUGGACAGUGGACUGACCGCUGCUAGCCUCCCCGGGGAGCCAAACCUGACUGCAGGUGACAAUGGGGAACUCGGAGAGUCAGUACACCUUCCAAGGAGCUAGGAGCCACAGCAGCGUGCUCCCUGGUGCUAAGCCCAAGCACUGCUCCUUGAAGAUCCGCAGUAUCCAUGCCAAAGACAACAAGUCCCUGCAGGGCUGGGGACAGGGCGGUAGCCUCGGGGCCCCCGGCUACAAGUCCCGGUCGCUGGCCCGCAGCUGCUUUUCUCACUUCAAGACCAACCAGCCUUAUGCCGCUGCCUCCAGGCAGCCAGGUUCAGCCUGCAAACCCCCCAAAGACAGCUUGUGUUGCAAACUCAAGCCUGGUGUCCUCUCUGAAGGAGGUGGUGACUUCCCAGAGAACGGUUUUCACUACUUGGGGCAUGAACCUUCGGAGCCCCCCACUGCCCUGAGGGAUUGUAACGGCCACUUGCACCCCUGCUUGGGGGAUGAGGACCCAGAGAGCCCCAGGGUGCGAAUCAAGACGCUGGGGAAGCUGGACGGACACCUGAGGGUGGAGUUCCACAGCGGGAGUGGACCCGGGGCUGACGGUCACAGCUCAGUGUCCCCUGGGGACUCAGGAGGGCCAGUCCAGCUGCUGCGGUACUCGCCCACCUCGGGGGAUGACGCCCCACCCAGCCCACGCCUCUCGGCGGGUGACUCGCACCCCAGAUCCAGCAAAGGCAGCUCCCUGAGUUCUGAGUCCUCCUGGUAUGACUCACCCUGGGGUCCCGUAGGGGAGCUGGGGGAGCACGAGGGCUCCCUGCCAGCUCCCACGCUGCACCCCAGCCUGCACCCCAGCUUCCCGCCCAGGGACCCCCCAAAGCCCUUCAAGCAAAGCUCGUCCCUCUGUUCGCUGCGGGAGCUGGGCCCCAGAACCGGCCUCAGCCCCCACGUGUCCUUUGCCUCCGACCUGGACCUGGACUCGGCCGCCUCCCGUGGGGGACAGGGGGACCUGGGCCCCUACACCUCCUUCACACUCCCCUGCCGGAAGUCUGGGGCCCUGAGCGAGAACGCCCCCAGAAAAGACAGCUUGAAGGCCAGGAUGUGUCGCAUCAGUGACUGGACGGGCAGCCUCUCCCGGAAGAAGAGGAGACUGCAGGAGCCCAGGUCUAAGGAGGGAAGUGACUUCUUCGACAGCCGUCAAGAUGGGCUAAACUUGGACCUGCAGGGACCCUCCCUGGGGGUCGCCUCUUCUCUGUGGUCUGGGGGCUACACCCAGCUCCUGCCCCAGAGAAGCGAGUCUGCCCAGGCGCUGGGCGGCGCCCCCCUGCGGCAGAUGGUCUAUGAGAACUUCAUGCGGGAGCUGGCGCUGAGCCGGGCCCAUACGGAGCCCGGAGAGACGUCCAGCGAGACGGCCGAGACCAGCAGUGAGUCGCUCAGCUCCCUGGAGCAGCUGGACCUGCUGUUCGAGAAGGAGCAGGGUGUGGUGCGCAAGGCCGGCUGGCUCUUCUUCAAGCCCCUGGUCACUCUGCAGAAGGAGAGGAAGCUGGAGCUGGUGGCUCGGAGGAAGUGGAAGCACUAUUGGGUGACGCUGAAAGGCUGCACCCUGCUGUUCUAUGAGACCUAUGGGAAGAACUCCACGGACCAGAGCAGCGCACCCUGCUGCGCCCUGUUUGCUGAAGACAGCAUCGUGCAGUCUGUCCCAGAGCACCCCAAGAAGGAGAAUGUCUUCUGUCUCAGCAACUCCUUUGGCGACGUCUACCUUUUCCAGGCCAACAGCCAGACAGACCUGGAGAACUGGGUCACUGCCAUCCACUCGGCCUGCGCCUCCCUGUUCGCCAAGAAGCGCGGGAAGGAGGACACGGUCCGCCUGCUGAGGAGCCAGACGCGGCACCUGGCGCAGAAGAUCGACAUGGACAGCAAGAUGAGAAAGAUGGCGGAGCUGCAGCUGAGCGUGGUCAGCGAUCCCAAGAACCGCAAGGCCAUCGAGAACCAGAUCCAGCAGUGGGGGCAGAACCUGGAGAAGUUCCACAUCGACCUCUUCCGCACGCGCUGCUACCUCGCCAGCCUGCAGGGCGGGGAGCUGCCCAACCCCAAGAGCCUUCUGGCCGUGGCCAGCCGCCACUCCAAGCUGGCCCUGGGCAGGCUGGGUGUGCUGUCCGUGUCCUCCUUCCACGCCCUGGUGUGCUCCCGAGAGGACUCAGCCCUCCGGAGACGAACGCUCUCACUGACCCGCCAAGGGAGGAGCAAGAGGAGCAUUUUCUCUUCUCUGAAGGCGCUGGACACUCUGGCCAGAAGAGGCAAGGAGAAGCGGCCUUCCAUCACACAGAUAUUUGAUUCAAGUGGCAGCCGUGGAUUUUCUGGGACUCAGCUACCUCAGAACUCCAAUAACUCCAGUGAGGUGGACGAGCUUCUACAGGUGUUCGGUUCGACGGUCGACGGGGUUCCCCGAGACAGCCCUGGGGAAACGCAGACAUACGUCCACUUUGCGGAUAAUCAAGGCCUCAGCUUAGUGAUCAAGCCCGAGCACAAGGUGGAGGAUGUCCUGGCCUUGGCCUGCAAGCUGAGGCAGCUGGAACCCAGCCUGCACGGCCUGCAGCUCCGGAGGUUGGUGGGUGAUGCUGUGGAGUGCUGUGUCCCCGCGCCCGACGCGUCCAUGCAGGACCAGGUUUACGACGAGAUCGAAGUCUUCCCACUCAGGGUUUAUGACGUGCAGCUCACCAAAACUGGGGACAUGGCCGACUUUGGGUUUGCAGUGAUGGCGCUUAUGGACCAACGUCAGCACCUGUACCGCAUCUUCGUCAGUGACGUCCUCCCGGACGGCUCGGCCUUCGGGGAAGGGUUAAGGAAGGGCAACGAAAUCAUGACCUUAAAUGGGGAAGCUGUGUCCAGCCUGGACCUAAAGCAGAUGGAGGCCCUGUUCUCCGAGAAGAGCGUGUGUCUCACGCUACUGGCCCGGCCCCCGGACACGAAAGGGACCCUGUGCUCUUCCUGGUCGGACAGCUCCCUGUUCUCCAGCGGCCAGAGGAAUCUGCUGCCCCCUCCUAACCAGUCCCAGCUCCUGGAGGAAUUCCUGGACAACUUGAAAAAGAACAGCACCAACGACUUCAGCAAUGUCCCCGACAUCACGACUGGCCUGAAGAGGAGGCAGACCGAUGGCACGGUGGACCAGGCCUCCCACCUCGAGAAGACAGAGCAGGUGUUCAGGAGUGAGGAGCAGAUCGCAACACUGUGCAGGAACCUUGGGGACCCCCAGCACAGCAGCAUGGAGGGGCUGAGGGACAGCCAGGACCCCCCGUCCCGGCCUCUGGCCCGCCACCUCUCAGAUGCCGACCGUCUGCGCAAAGUCAUCCAGGAGCUGGUAGACACAGAGAAGUCCUAUGUCAAGGAUCUGAGCUGCCUCUUUGAACUGUACUUGGAGCCUCUUCAGAAUGAGACGUUUCUUACACAAGAUGAGAUGGAGUCUCUCUUUGGAAGUCUCCCGGAGAUGCUGGAAUUCCAGAAGGUGUUUUUGGAGACACUGGAGGACGGGAUUGCAGCAUCGUCCGAUUUUAACAUACUGGAGACCCCGUCUCAGUUCAGAAAACUUCUGUUCUCCCUUGGAGGCUCUUUCCUUUACUACGCGGACCACUUUAAACUGUACAGCGGCUUCUGUGCUAACCACAUUAAAGUGCAGAAGGUUCUAGAGCGAGCUAGGACGGACAGAGCCUUCAAGGCAUUCCUGGACGCCCGCAACCCCACCAAGCAGCACUCUUCCACGCUGGAGUCCUUCCUCAUCAAGCCGGUGCAGAGGGUGCUCAAGUACCCGCUGCUGCUCAAGGAGCUGGUGUCCCUGACGGACCACGACAGCGAGGAGCACUACCACCUGACAGAAGCACUGAAAGCCAUGGAGAAAGUUGCCAGUCACAUCAACGAGAUGCAGAAGAUCUACGAGGACUAUGGGACGGUGUUUGACCAGCUGGUGGCAGAACAGAGCGGCACAGAGAAGGAGGUGACAGAACUCUCUAUGGGGGAACUUCUGACACACUCCACCGUCUCCUGGCUGAACCCACUUCUGUCUCUGGGAAAAACCAGGAAGGACCUUGAGCUGACGGUAUUUGUGUUUAAAAGAGCUGUCAUCUUGGUGUAUAAAGAAAACUGCAAACUGAAAAAGAAAUCGUCCUCCAAUUCCCGGCCGGCGCACGGCUCCGCCGACUUGGACCCGUUCAAGUUCCGCUGGCUGAUCCCCAUCUCUGCACUGCAAGUCCGACUGGGCAACGCAGCAGGGACAGAAAACAGCUCCAUCUGGGAGCUCAUCCACACAAAGUCAGAAGUGGAAGGGCGGCCAGAAACCAUCUUUCAGCUGUGCUGCAGCGACUGUGAAAGCAAAACCAGCAUCGUCAAGGUGAUUCGGUCUAUUCUGCGGGAGAAUUUCCGGAGGCACAUCAAGUGUGAGCAGCCCCUGGAGAAAGCCUGCAAGGACCGCCUGGUGCCGCUGAAGAACCGAGUCCCUGUUUCAGCCAAGCUAGCCUCAUCCAGGUCCCUCAAGGUCCUGAGGAACUCCUCCAGCGGCGAGUGGCCUGGCGAGCAGGGCAAGGGCAGCUCCCUGGACUCCGACGAGGGCAGCCUGAGCAGCGGCACCCCAAGCAGCUGCCAGGACCCCCCAAGACACCUGCCCCCAGGCACGGCUGACUUCCCCGACGGGCUCGUCAAGGAGAGCGACAUCCUGAGCGACGAGGACGAAGACGGACCCCGGAGCCUUGGGAAGCAGGCCAGCCCGACCAGGGACAUCGAGAUUCAGUUCCAGAGACUGAGCAUCUCUGAGGAGCCCGACGCGCAGCCUUCGGAGGGGCAGCCCAAGCUGGUGCGGGCCCACUUCUGCCCCAUCAAGCGCAAGGCCAACAGCACCAGGAGGGACCGGGGAACGCUGCUCCGGGCGCAGAUCCGGCACCAGUCCCUCGACAGUCAGCCAGAGAGCGCCGGCCUGGACCUCAGCUCUGUGCUCCAGCGAGAAUUCAGUGUCCAGAGCCUGGCGUCUGUGGUCAAUGAGGAGUGUUUUUACGAGACGGAGAGCCACGCAAAGUCCUAGUGCUGCCUUGGCUCGGAUCUGGGCGAUAUGGCUCGUCGCGCCCUUAAAGCCUGGUGGCCGAGUGGAAGCUGCAGAAAAACUAUCCAGGGCUGGGGUCCAGGCGGUGCACGUCUUUUCCCACCCAGUAGUUUUUUGUAAAGAUUUAAGUUAUUUUAAUUUAUUGUGACUCAGCACAAACUCAACUGGUCAGGACCUGUAAAGUUACUUAGUUGGCCUCCCUUUUGAGCAGGUAUCAAAAUGAAUCAAACUCCUUACAGAUCUCAUUCUAAUUAUUUAUGUGGGAAAGGGUGGGGUAGUAGUGAUUAAUAGCUUAAUUAUCCCCCCCCCACCCCCAAUCCUUUGGGCAUUUUCUUUGAGCUGUUAGGGUUUUUGGUUUGCUUUAUUUAAAGCACACUUAAGUUAUUAUUUGGACGGGGCUUAAGGGCACCAUGUGCAGAGACUCCAUUUUUGUAAGGCUGGGAUAAAUGCUGUUUAUACAAAACCUGUUAUAUUUACCCAGUGUAUGUGUAUAUAUAUACACAUACAUACACUGCAUAGAUAUCUAUCUAUCCAGUGUAUGUGCAUAUACAUAUAUAUAUACACACACAUAUAUAUUAAAGCUUGUACUGUAUCCAA